GGUCAAAGUGAGCCUCAAAAUGGCGGAUGUCGUCUGCUGAGGCCUUUUAUUCUUUUGUUUACGUAUUUUGGGCUGUGAAUUUGGACUGUUAGCGCCAAAAUGUCGAGAAUGUUCUUCCUCGAUGAUGAAGAAGAGUGGGAGGAGAUUCGUACUGUUGAUUCGGGCGAUGAAUACCCUAUCUCAGGCGACGAUUCCACUGAGAGUAGUGAAAGUGAGACGGAUUCUGAAGAACAAGAAGAUCGUGUUGGCAGACAGGGGAGGAAACGAGCUCGCACGGAACCAGAUAGUAGUGGUGAACGUGACAUCUGCCGUGGAGCUACUAAUGGCCUUGGUCGUGCUAGGGGUAGAGGUCGGGGCCGAGGUCGCGGCCAAGCAUCAAGGGGACGUGGCACGGGCAGGCGACGUGGCAGCCAGCCUCCUGAUGGGGAUUCAAAUCCCAGAGCCGCCCCCCAAGCUGCAACUGACAGUGAUACAACACUUGAUGACAGGAACUUGCAGAGGGUGGAUGGAAACAGCCUGACCAAGCCUCCCCAUGUUUUCACUGGACAAAUUGACGAGAGGGAAGUGGCUAAGGAGCUGAUCAGCACAUCAGGACACAGGAAUGCCAGCAGUCUGUUGCGCCUGACAGAGCGGCAUUUCCCGGAGAAGAUUCCAUCAGCCGAGGGAGGCAAGGCCAAGUCCCGAAGCUGUAAGGUCUGCUGUCCUGCUGAGAGGAAGUACCGCCUAGAUCACGGUUUGGAACCCAAGAAGAGGCCUGGCCAUGAGAGUACGUACCAGUGUAAGCAGUGUGAGGUUGCCUUGUGCAUCACUCCCUGCAUGGAGCUGUACCACACACAGGAGUUCUACAUCAAGGAGUGGAUAAGGCUGGAGUACGGUCCAAAUGCAGUCGCAGAUGAUUAAUUGCCUUCAUUAUCUACUUAUUCAUAUACAGUUUGUACUAAUCAGUUAUGUACAAUAAGCUUUCAUAUGAUAUGUAACAAGUGUAUGUACCAUUGUUUAUAUAGGUACAGGAAGGAAUGUAAUAUGUUGUAUACGAUAGUCGGUUCAGCACCAAGGACAAUAUCUGAUCAUAAACUUACCUGUUAUGAUAGUUCUCAUAGUGUCAAGACUUCUCAGGAUCUGGUAAGUCAAGGCUGAAGUCAUUCUAUAGGAGCUUAUUGUCUUCGUCAAGAAGACUAUGGAAGUUUUGGGCUUGGUAAUGAGAAAACACACCAUACACAAAAAAACAGCCAUUGGUGAGAGACUUUUAUUUUCUGCCAUAUCCAAAUUCAUAGCUUAAAUUCCUGUAGUACAAAAUAAAUCAAGCAAUUGGAAAAAUUCUCAGGCAUUUCAGAUACAUGUAGAUCCGCUAUCUUUUAUCAGUGACUACUAAUAUAUUGGUCAGUACUCUACAUGGCUUACUGUUGGAAGAGAUAUCUAUUCUGAAUUAUAGCGAUAGUCGUUCCUCCUUGCUAUUUUGCCUAAGAAACCUACAUCACAUCACUACUAUUCGCAUAUAAUUUUGAUAACUUUCACGAGUACUGUGGUCAUUUAACACAUACGCUAGCAAAUUUGCGAAACUAUAGAACAAGUCAGAAUCUCCACCACAGAUACUUCAGAUUGUUUUAUAAACUCUUAACUGUUAGUAGUAACGUUACAGAUUUGACUGUGAACGCAUUCAAAAGUAUCGCUCAAAGCAUGCAAUAAGGCCACACCAAUUUAAUUUCUUGGUUAACAGAUUCGCCGCUUCAUUUUUUUCGGAUUUGCAAAUAAAAAUAAAAAUUCA